GACCAUUUCGAAGAGUUAUGGUAAACGGUGAUAUUGUCGACGAGGAAAAAACAUCUCAGAGAUGGAUGGAUGGCUGAACUGAGUUCACAUUUAACGGUGUUUUGGAGCUUGUUUAAUGGUGGCUGUACAACCCUCUGAUUAUUAUCAACUCAGAGAGUGUGGUCUCUUCCUUUGGUUUGGCAGAGCACAAAUCUCACUGUCCCCGCCUUCAAGGCUUCAACCGCUGCGCUUUAUCUGCUGUUUGGCUUCUAACAUCUGAAUCCUUUCUCUUAUUUUCAUUCUUUGUUCUUUUGAUUAAUCUAUAAUUUUUGAGAUGGAAUAAUGGGUUUUGCUGGCAACGUUCGGUUUUUUGUAGAAAUUGAAGUGGUAAAUUGAGGUUUUUUUUUUUGGUAGUUGGUGCAGGGUGUUGAAAUUUAGGUUACAGUUGAUAAUUGCACCUGUUUGAGUAUGGUUUUAUUUGGGAUUGAGUGGUUAACUUGAAGUGUAUGAGAUGGGAGACUGAUUAUUGCAUUUUCUUAGUGAAACAACUAUUUCAACUCAGAAAUGCAUGAAGAACAUGGAAAACGUUGGUAACAAUAGCUGUUAUUUCCAAUGUACUCACUGAUCAAUUCAGGCUUAAAACCAUUAAUGAAUUCUGGUUCUGUAACGCACUGGAAAAUCUGGGUUGUCACCUAAACAAGAAAAAAUCCAAGUCACAUGGAUGAAUCACGAGGUCGACAGCUACCUUCUUAUCUUCCAGAAUCUGCCUUUCCAAAUAAUACUGGAAGACUUAAUUUAGAUGGGUAUGCAAAUGGUGGUUCUGGCUUGCCAGGCCUGAAGAAGAGAGGCCAUGGACAUGGAAGCAGAUCUUGGAUAAAGAUUGAUCAGAAUGGUGGCUCCAAGAUUUUGGAGCUUGAUAAGGCUACUAUAAUGAGACAUUGUUCCUUACCUGCACGGGAUCUACGACUAUUGGAUCCACUUUUCAUUUACCCUUCUACUAUUUUAGGACGGGAGAAAGCUAUUGUGGUCAGUCUUGAACAAAUUAGAUGUAUAAUCACAGCUGAUGAGGUUAUCCUAAUGAAUUCCUUAGAUGGAUGUGUUGUCCAAUAUGAGUCAGAAUUCUGCAAACGUCUCCAGACAAACAAAGAUCAAGCUGAGGACUUGCCAUUCGAAUUUAGAGCUCUAGAAUUGGCUUUGGAAUUAGCUUGCAUGUCUCUUGAUGCUCAGGUAAAAGAACUGGAGAUGGAGAUUUAUCCAGUGUUGGAUGAACUAGCAUCAUCUAUUAAUACUCUUAAUCUGGAAUGUGUCCGCAGACUAAAAGGCCACCUUCUCACAUUGACUCAACGAGUCCAGAAGGUGCAUGAUGAGAUAGAACAUCUCAUGGAUGAUGAUGGUGACAUGGCUGAGAUGUAUCUGACGGAGAAAAAAGAGAGGGCAGAAGCUUGUGCACUUGGCGACUUGUAUUUUCAAAAUAAUAUCUCGGGUGAGACCAGAGUGGUUUCAAAAUCUGCACCUGUUUCACCUGUGAGGUCAAUUAGUGGGGUCCAGCAAUUGCAGAGGACGUUUAGCAGUAUUGUCACUUCAAGCAAACAUGGAAGCUUAACUAGUUCUUCCACUAAUGAAGAAAAUGUUGACAAACUUGAAAUGUUGCUUGAAGCAUACUUUGUUGUUAUUGACAACACUCUCAGCAAGUUGUUCUCGCUGAAAGAAUAUAUCGAUGAUACUGAAGAUUUGAUCAACAUUAAAUUGGGAAAUGUGCAAAACCAUCUGAUUCAAUUUGAGUUGCUUCUAACUGCAGCAACCUUUGUGGCUACAUUAUUUGCUGUUGUGGCAGGAGUAUUUGGGAUGAACUUCACGGCCUCAAUUUUUGAUUACCCUUCUGCAUUUAAUUGGGUUCUUAUUAUAACUGGGAUUGCAUGUGGGUUGCUGUAUUUCUCGUUCCUGUUAUAUUUUAGGCACAAGAAGGUGUUUCCAUUGUAGACUGCAUUCUUGGUUUUGUGGGGUGUUUUGAAAAUUUGAACUGUACUUAAUUCUUUUAUUAUACUUUGAUCGAGUUAAACAGAUUGGAUUAGUCCACCAAUAUUUUGUAUAAAGUUAAUUUUUUGUUUAAA